GAUGCUUUUGUCUAGCGGCUACAAUUCAUAUUUUAUUCAAACGAUUUAAUGCUUUCAUCCUUAGUCCAUAAGCUUGUUGCCCUAUAAAUAUUCUUCCUCAUAACCGCUCUUUAGCCUCUUGAAAUUUGGUGGCGACCAGAGCACAAUACUUUUUCAUCUCUAUUUUGAAACAGUUACAGAUAAAAAGAGGCUGAUCACGAUGAUGAUAAUUGUUGAUAAGCGCCAAGUCUACAUACUCGCAACGAUGAUAAGUUAUUUACUCGCUAUUUUUCUCGUGGUUGAAAGUGAAUCAGCUGGCAUUAAAAGCAUAGAAUUUUCCAAGGAAAUCGCAACCACUGCCUCUGCUAGGAAGCUUUUGGAGUCCACUAACGAUAAUAAUGGCGAUAAAAACCGAAUAGGGAAAUCAUGCUCGAAGGAUGAUAUAGUGAUAUCUCAGGGCUCAACAGCCUCACUUCCUGAUGGAACUCCAUCUUUCAUAGUUCAAAUACUGAACGUUGGUGUCUCAGGCAGUAGUAUUUCGGAUAUUCAUGUCAGUUGUGGAUGGUUCAGCUCUGUUCAAUUGAUCAAUCCUAGAGUUUUCCGGCGAAUUAUCUUUAAUGAUUGCCUUGUCAAUGGUGGAGAUGCUCUUGCCCCUGGCGAAACCAUCUCCUUCAAGUAUGCUAAUAGUUUUCGUUAUCCAUUAUCAGUUACCUCAGCUGUUUGUGACUGAAGUAAAACUAAAUUUAGUAUGUGAUAAUCAAAUGCAUUUUUAAUAUAAUAUUUAUGUUGAAAUUAUA